CACCGUGCAAUUCUGUUCCAGAGAUGGGAAGCGCCGCCGAAAAUUCACCAGCCUUAAAAAGAAACGCUAGGAUCAUGGAUGAAUAACGUGGCUUUCUAAAUGAAAGGAGGCAAAAAGUUGCGGGCGGUAUCAAACAGCCUGUAUUUUUACAUGAUCCGUGUUCGCCAAUCUCAACAGAGGGUGAUGAUUGGCGGCUUUGACUGUAAAAGGCUCCGAUGCUGCAAGACUUGACAACGAGAGAAAACAACAGCGAAGAGGGGGGAAGAGUGAAAUGUCCGCGCAUCAUUAGUGGUGGACUACUUAGAAACGCCGAGAACUUGGUCUGGGGUUGACGCCCAGCUGUGGAGUUUUUAAAUUUAAAAAGCGUGCAUGUGGAAGGCAGGAAAGCGAAAGCGGGUUUCUGCGGCCCCCUCGACCCUUCAUUGUCUUCGCUUCGUUGUUUGCGUCCUCUUGGUCUUUGACCCCCAACGUCUAGUCAGUUUCUCCGCUCUUCUGAUUCGGGACGUUCGCAGACCCUGAACCAGGCAGAUUAACGUCCGCAGCACUUUAUAAAUGAUACCCUCGGCGCGGAGAAAAUGACCGGAUAGAUUCUUCAAGAGGAGUGAAACUGUAACCAUUAGAACGAUGAGCGCAGGGAACACUGCAGCUACGAAGAGUCACGGGAACUUUGGCCAGUCCAGCACAGACCAGCGUGGUAAAGCAUCAAGAGCGAAGGUUGAUAAAAGCGUUAAAGGAAAACUUAAUAUGCGAUCUCCUGCGGGGCUUUUCAUCGUCUUCGGGCUGUUGAUAGUCGUGGUGGGGAUUGCUAUAGCUGUUGUUGGCUAUUGGCCCCAUAAGCACCACGCCCAGGCGUCGGUGAGUCACCAACGAAGGAACGGUAGCGAGUCGGCCGAUGAGACUCAACGUGCAAGGGUGAGGCUUCAGCCCCAACCAGCGCAGAAGAACCAAAAGCUUAAGUUAAUUGGCCCGCUGAUCAUGGGCAUUGGGUUAUUCGUGUUCAUCUGCGCCAACACGGUGCUGCACGAAAACCGCGACAGGGAGACCAAACUUCUGGCGCGGCGAAACAUUUACCCCGCCGCUGGCCAGGCUGGCGGCGAAGAGGGUAACGAGCCGGAAGGGGGUCGGCACCAUCCCGCUCCGGCCAGCGCGGACGCCGGUCUCGGGUGCUCGGAGCCGUGCUGUGCCGUUGAAGGGGGCGGCGGCGCCACCUGUCCCAAACACGCUCCGAGCGCAGAAACGUGGGCAGACUGCCGCAAGGCUGCCAAGUGUAACAUGACUGCCCAGCUGCUGUAUCAUAAAAGACCUUCUCCGUCCACCUCCCUCUGUAGCGUGGCCUCAGACUCUUGCAACUCCAGUGAGGGAAACCUUAACGUGCCUUUGAAUUGCGACGACGACUCUUCAGUUGUUUCCGCCUCAAUAGUAUUACCGGUUAUUAAACUCAACAACUGCGUUAUUGACACGCCGGUUAUUAAAGCUGCGGUGGAAGAUAUUGAAGCUGGGCACCCGGUGGUCACGGCGUCCACGGAAGAUUUGAGCAAGCUGGAGAGCCACGGAUGCGUUCGGUCCGGGAGCAUCCGCAGCGCUGACGGUGCUCUGAGCAUAAUGGGGGCGGACCGUCCCUUACAGGACGACGCCUUUCCCAACAGGUCGAUCGAAGGCCUGCUGUCCCCGGGGGCCGCCAGAAAAGCGUACGCUUCGGACUUGCAGCUGCACACGCUGUGCGGUCACUCCAAGUCGUUCGACCUCGGGAAGAACGCGGACAGGCUCGGCGGCCAGAGGAAAGAAAGGCAGCACAGGAGUUGGCCACGUUUGGAUUGCAGCUACAUAAAAAAGUACCUGAAGCUGGAAAGCAAAGGCGACUGCGUGGACAGGUUACUUGAGCAGACUGAACGGGAGUUCGGAGGUGAGGAGCAAAACCUGUAGAAGAAGAGGAAUUAAAGAAUAUGGCGGCUGCAUAUUAAAUACAAUGUGAAAUGGUUUAAAAUAUUUGGCGGCAUUUCUGCCGUUUCUGUAGCGUUUGACUUUUUUUUUAACGAGCCCGAGUCACUAGCUCGAUGCUGAACCCAGCAUGGAUGGAAAACGUGCAAAGGGAGCUGGCCGGAUUCGAACUCAGGACCAUUGGCCUCGAAGUCCGGUGCAGAUGCCACUACACCACCGUCCAGCCUUAAAAUAUUUAUCCAGACGCAGUUUCUGGUGAUUAAAAACAAAACUGAUGCAGCGGACUGAAAAUAUGAUUAGUAGAUGGGGAACGAUUUGCAAAAAAUAUAUAUAUUACUCCU